UUAACAAAAGUCUGUCCAGUCAAUCGAAUAAUUAUCAUUAUUUGUAAUUCCUCACCUGCUUUUAUUUUAAAAACAGCGCACUUGGAUGGAUCUUCACAUUUCUGAAUCACUAACAUGACCGAAGUGAAAUGUUUAAGAGGAGAAGCUGGCGAUUCAGUGCUCGAUUGGUCUUGUAAAGGAGAGGAUGAGGUGUUCAGCAUUUGUGGACACUGUCAAUCGUGUGUCCUCUUUGAGAAGCUGCACCACUCCACCCAGUGGAUGAAAAAGGCUGGAGGAGCAUCCCAGAUGAAGUUUCUCACUGGCGUUCUGGUGCAAUGCCGCAACCUUCAAAUUCUGGAGAAACUUCAGAGUGUUUUACAAGUCACGUCAGGCAAGGACUUCACAUAUGCCAGGUCCAGAGGCCAGAUCAGCCGAUCCGAGGAAUGCAUAUGGAGCAUGGAUGGAGCCCUGGACACAAAACCGAAAGGAAUGGACGCGGAAACCUGGGAAUGGUUUAGGAAGAGCCCAGACUGGAUCAAGUCCAAGUAUGUGCUGGGGCUCUUGUCUGUAUGUGAUACCUCUCUUUUGCACAUGUUAGGAAAUCUGGUGCAUAUCUUGAUUGUUAGGGAGAAACACAAAUUUCUACAAUUCAACAGUUCUGUGACAGAGUCACAAGUCUCCUACCGCGCAGAAUCUGACCACACAGAUCUGGAUCUUCUCAUCCAAGCAUGUUCUGAAUAUAAGUCAGCUGACAUGCAUCAAGAAGCUUACGAUGGCAGUCAAACAGGUGUCUUAAAACAGGAGCUUUUACAACAGCUAAAUGACUCCAAAUCUCUCAAGAGUAUCUGUGAUGAGAUUGAGCUGGACAUUCAGAAUGUAGACCCCUGGAAGAGAAGAACAAAAAGCCAAGAUUCAGACUCCGACCGAUUGGACGAUCCAGAUCCUGCCCUCACUGUUGUUCCCAGGUCGUCAAAAUCUCUGUCAGGGGUCAGCCGUCAUAGAGAUUUCAUUAGAAGCCUGCCAGUUGACAUUGCAAAGAGGAUUUUAGGGCUUUUGGAUAAGGUCUCACUGUAUAGCUGCAGGCGUGUGUCCUUGCACUGGCAAAGCCUAACAGAGGAGGUCUUAACUGAGAUGGAAGUAAAGAAGUGUGUUGAGAAACAGGCCAUGAUUCUGCAGGGUAACUCAGCCUCUAAGGUCAACCCUGUUUAUGCAAAGAUCUGUAAUGUUGUAGUGCCGAUCGGUCAGGAGGACAAGUGCUUUCAGCAUGGAGAAUCUUUCCCCAAACAUAAGCUGUUACAAGAGCAAGAUUUGGAUUCCGUCUAUAAAGGAUUUAACACCAAGAACGUGCGAUUGGAAGAACGCAACGUGUACUGUGGAGUGUAUAACAUAUCAGUCCUGUUGGAAAGAGAAGAUCCCAGUAGAGUGAUGCAUUAUGCUGGGGGGCAGCUGGUGGCGGUUGGCUCCAAGGACCGUAUAAUCAGGCUGCUGCAUGUUCCAUCACUAAAAGAGAUUCCUCCAGUGAUCCAAGGACAUGCAGGUAGUAUAAGAGCCGUGCUGGUUUGUGAAGAGAGAGACCUAGUUAUAAGCGCCAGCUAUGACCUCAGUAUCAGGUGCUGGAAUCUGAAGACAGGUGUAUGUAUAAUUAUUUUUAAUGGACAUUUUGGCACUAUAAACUGCCUGGAUUUAUAUGAAGAUAGACUGGUGUCUGGAGCCAAAGACUGUAGAGUUAAAGUGUGGAACCUACUGACUGGGAAGUGUGUUGAGAAUCUGAAGUUUAAACACCCUAAACCAAUCAUGUGUGUGAGGAUUAAUGAAACUCUGGUGAUUAGUAGCUGUGCUGGAGGUCAGAUCAGAAUAUGGAGCAUGGAGACAGCAUCACUAAUGAGGCAAAUCAGUGGCCACCAGGGGGCAGUGCUGUGUCUGUGCAUCGAUCAGUGGCAUAUCCUCUCUGGGGGUUCAGAUGGGGUGGUCAAGGCAUGGAGCACCAACUCUCGCUUCAAGAAGUGCCUGAGGAUCUUCCAGCAUCCGAAAGAGGUUUUGACCAUGUCUUUCCUGUUCCUGCGGAUCAUUACUGGCUGCAUGGAUGGAAAGAUCCGGAUCUUCAACUUUUUAACUGGAGACUGCCUGAGAGUUAUUAAGACAAACAUGAAGCAAUGCCCCGUCCUUUCUCUGCACACGCACCACAACACUGUGGUUGUAAACAACAGAAGCAGUAUUCUAAUGCUUCAGUUUGCAGAGGUUCACUGGGACUACUCUGCCAGUCCUGUGAGGAAUUUUUUGGAGCAGUCCCACGUCUCCGCUGAGAAUGUGCUUCGGAGUGCUGAACGGAUGACUCAAGGGAGCUCAUCCACACUGAAAAGUCAUCCUCAGCAGGAGUCCACAAGGGCGGCGACAUGGAGUCAACUCCAGGCUUGUUGUCAUAGCAGGGCCUCCAUCAGCACACAGUCUGAGUCCCGCACCAGGCCUCGAUCCGUUCUUUCAGCAGGCAGGCCUGUCAGUGGAUACAAGGACUUUCAGAACAGAGUCAGCCAGACACAAAACACUUCCACCAGAAGUUUGGAUACCAAACGCUCGGUACUCAGCCGGAGUGAGAAGGCAGCCCGAGAAAGGGUGAGAAAACGAGGUCCUCACCAUCCAAUGACCCAAGACCUAAUCCUGCUAAGGACCAGCAGUGCCCAGCAGGGCCAGUACAGUGACCUGGCAAGGUCCAACAUGGAGCUGAAUGCCAGAGUACGCGAUGCCUGGGGACCUGAUUCAUCUAAAGAACCAUCGUUUCGAAACACCACCAAAAAAAACCCUGAAAUCCAUAGCCCAUUCACUACCCAUAGCAUUGACCUCAGACUUCAGAGCUCCUCACAUUCCAGACAGACCUGCUUUACCCCCCACUCCCUUCCCAAACAGUCCCAGAGAGCAAUCAAAGUAGCCAGAUCUAGAACAAACAAGAUCGGCCCACUGAAAACAACUUCCCCUGAAGAUGACAAGACACCACAACGAUUGUUUCUGAGGCGACCCUCCAUGCCCACACAUUCCAAUGAAGAUUUUGAAAUGACCAACAAGUGUAGUUCAUAUCACGUCCCACUAAACCCCUUCAGGGAACAAGCAGACUUUCAACUGAGGACGGACACUCAACUGGAGGCUUACAUUCACGAGUGUAGCAGGCAGCAGCAGAGUUACAAUCAUGGCAGUGGUGAUGACCAAGCUAAAACUGUUUGGAAGCAGAGGAGUCACUGUCAUCAGUAAGGUACUAAAAUCUAAAGGCAUGGCACUUUUGUCAUAGUGUAAAAAGUCAAAACUGAAUUCUCAGUUUAAAAUGUUGAACUCUGUAGAGGUAACAUAUAUAAUAACAUAAUACAAUAUUUAAAAUAUUAUGUUGCAUUUGGUUGAAAAUCUCAUUUAAGAGGGUAACUCUGUUUAGAAUAUAAAGAGGCAACAGUACAAGCUGAUCAUUAGCUAGACCAUUUGGAACCAGGUCUAUAAGCUUCUACUAGGUAAAAACCAUGAUCCAAAACACAGCUAAAUUGUUGGAUGUAGCAUUAUAUCUAUGCAAAUUGAGCUAAUUAGUGCCAUGUUUUUCUUUUGUGUCUUUUUUGUAUACUUGAACAUGUUUGCUAGGGGGCAGCAAAGUACAAAUUAAAAUAUCAAAUCAAAUCAUAUCAAAUGAAUAUUAUUCUAUGGGUGGUAUGUAACUAAUGAAUAUUAUUUAAAAUAGUUGUAAAUAUUUACAUUUUAAAGGAUAUUUUGCCUUACACUGUAAUCUUUAUACAUUUACUUGUGUGUUUUAAGAAUGUCUGAUUAUUUCAGACCGUUCAUCACCAGUCCUGCAUGCAUGUACAAACACUGACUUCUACCUAAUUAAUGAGAGAUGCUGACAAGAAGUGUACACAUAUUUUGCUGAUGUUGGAGAGACAAAAUAAAUUACAUUUGCCACA